AUGUUUGGCAAGGAAAGAAAGAGCGAGCUGGCAUUUUGUCUCAAAAUUUAUUACAAUUUGAAGAGCUACGAAGAUCUAUUCACAUUCGAAGCAUGUGUUCGCUCGAUGAUAGGACUGAACACAAAUAUGGGGAAAAUAAAAAUCUACAAGAAGGGCACCGCUUGGGUAAGGGACAACUGGAUGACAAACAGCAAGUGGUCACCCGAUAGGGAUUUCAUGCUACACAACUGGAAGAUUAUCCAGUUACGAAGGUACAACCAGAAGGAUUUGCCUUUGACGUUACACGGACCGUCGAAAGGUGAAUGGUUUCUUCCAUUCAAAGGACAAAUACACCUUCACCUCUGUACACCCGGGAACACCACAUGGAACUACGAUACAAAUCUCAUCGAAAGCAGAGAGAAGAUUGACAAGAAACUGGCGACCCUAUACGAUCGAAUAGACAAGGAUCGGAUCAGAAGCUUAAUUAGGAUUGGAAGAUUCAUUUGA